CGGCGCUUAGCGGCCCGGAGCAGGAGCUGUUAGGAGCGGCGGCCAGGCGUGUGCGAGCUAUGGGGCUGUCGGAGGCGUCCGGCUCAGAGCUUCUCCCAGAUCACAACUUUCCUGCUAGGUGAAAGCUUCCCCAACAGGCUAGAGCUUUCCCCAGGUAACAUCCCCCUCUUUGAGAUACAUUCCCAGGUGAGUACUUUCUCCCAAUCCGUGUGGGAGCCUCCCCUCCGGGUCAGAGCUUCCCCUAGAUGAGAGUACCCCGCAGGUCAGAACCCUCUGCCCCUGGGUCUCCUGUUCCCAGGUGAAAUCUUUCUCCCACUUCAGGUAGGAGCCUCUGGACAGAUAAGAGAUUUUGGCUGGGUGUUGAAAGUUUUCCUGGCAGGUCAGAGUUCCUUCUAGGUGAUGAUUCCCCUGAGAGCUCCUAUUCCCAGGUGAAAUCUUUCUGCUGCUUCAAGUGGGCACUUUCCUUUCUAGCUGGGAGCCUCUCCCUCUAGGUGAGAGCUUCCGGCUCCAGGAAAGAUCCCCUUCUCAGGUGAAAGCCAUCCCUUGGUUGUCCCAGACUAGGCCUGAGCUGGCUAAACCUGGACCCUGGGGUUGGAGGCCCAGGGGCAACCUUGGCCUUAACACAUUCCUUCCCUUAGAGAGGAGGGUCUCAUCUGGAGGCCUGAGGCUUGGAGAGGGAGUUGCUUGAAGAACUGGACUCCUGGUUUGCUGCAUCUCUUCCCUGAGUGUUCUCUCAGCCAGUCAGCACUGGGCUUCUGGGGUAGCUGGAUAAGGACUUGGGGACUGGACACAGACUAGCUGGGGGAAGACAAGGAGCUGGGAGAAAGGGGCUAGGAGGGGUGGCCAGCCUUGGUCCCAAAGCAGAAUGCUCCGGGCUGGGCAGCCACACCUGGGCUGAAGGUGCGAGUCCUGCUGUGUUCAUCCUGCUCUCCCUUGUUGGGGGACUUUGGCCCAGAAAUAGGCUUCCAUCAGCCAAAGUUCAGGUACUGCCCCUGCCUGGGUGUGGGCAUGGGGCCCACAGGGGCAGGCUGGGACUGGACCUACUGUACCUUGAUCUUGGGGCCUGGAAAAAUCAGGGACGUGCAGGUACAGCUGUCUGCAACCCAGGCAAUGGAGCUGCACAGGCGAGACUACCGCAUGGAACGGCCACUGCUGAACCAGGAGCAGCUGGAGGAGCUGGGACACUGGAGCUCAGCACCUAGGACCCAUCAGUGGCGAGUCUGGUUUCAGUGCUCCUAUGCCCGAGUCCGUGCCCUUCUGCUGCAACGCCUCCCAGUUUUGGUCUGGUUACCCCGGUAUCCCGUGCGUGACUGGCUCCUGGGUGACUUGUUAUCUGGCCUGAGUGUGGCCAUCAUGCAGCUUCCACAGGGCUUGGCCUAUGCUCUCCUGGCUGGGUUGCCCCCUGUGUUUGGCCUCUACAGCUCCUUCUACCCUGUCUUCAUCUACUUUCUGUUUGGUACUUCCCGGCACAUCUCUGUGGGGACCUUUGCUAUCAUGUCUGUGAUGGUGGGCAGUGUGACAGAAUCCUUGGCCCCGGCCUCGAACUCCACGGUCAACGAGACAUCCACAGAUGCUGCCCGGGUGCAGCUGGCCUCCACGCUCAGCGUCUUGGUCGGCCUCUUCCAGGUGGGGCUGGGCCUGGUCCACUUCGGCUUCGUGGUCACCUACCUGUCAGAGCCUCUGGUUCGUGGCUAUACCACAGCUGCGUCUGUGCAGGUCUUCGUCUCGCAGCUCAAGUAUGUGUUUGGCCUCCGUCUGAACAGCUACUCUGGGCCACUGUCCCUCAUCUAUACAGUGCUGGAGGUCUGCUGGAAGCUGCCCCAGAGUGUGGUUGGCACCGUGGUCACCGCACUUGUGGCAGGGGUGGUGCUCGUGAUGGUGAAGCUGUUGAAUGACAAGCUGCAGCCGCAUCUGCCUGUGCCAAUACCCGGGGAACUGCUCACGCUCAUCGGGGCCACAGGCAUCUCCUACGGCGUGGACCUGCAGCACAGAUUUGGGGUUGAUGUCGUGGGUGACAUCCCUCCAGGGCUGGUGCCCCCAGUGGCCCCCAGCCCCCAGCUGUUCGCAAAGCUUGUGGGAAACGCCUUUGCCAUCGCUGUGGUUGGGUUCGCCAUUGCCAUCUCACUGGGGAAGAUCUUCGCUCUGAGGCAUGGCUACCGGGUGGACAGCAACCAGGAACUAGUGGCCCUUGGCCUCAGCAACCUCGUCGGGGGCAUCUUCCAGUGCUUCCCCGUGAGUUGUUCUAUGUCUCGGAGCCUGGUGCAGGAGAGCACCGGGGGCAACACGCAGGUUGCUGGAGCCGUUUCUUCUCUUUUUAUCCUCCUCGUCAUUGUCAAACUUGGAGAACUCUUCAAAGAGCUGCCCAAGGCAGUGCUGGCGGCCACCAUUAUCGUGAACCUGAAGGGCAUGCUGAUGCAGUUCACUGACAUAUGCUCCCUCUGGAAGGCUAACCGUGCAGAUCUGCUCAUCUGGCUGGUGACCUUUGUGGCCACCAUCUUGCUGAACCUGGACCUUGGCCUGGCAGUUGCAAUAGUCUUUUCUCUGCUGCUCCUGGUGGUCCGGACACAGCUGCCCCACUACUCUGUCCUGGGGCGGUUGCCAGACACAGACAUUUACAGAGAUGUGGCCGAGUACGCAGAGGCCAGGGAGGUCCCGGGUGUGAAGAUCUUCCGCUCCUCAACCACCAUGUACUUUGCCAAUGCUGAGCUCUACAGUGAUGCGCUGAAACAGAGGUGUGGUGUGGACGUGGACCACCUCAUCUCCCGGAAGAAGAAGCUGCUCAGGAAGCAGGAGAAGCUAAAGCUGAAGCAACUGCGGAAAGAGAAGGAGCUCCAGAAGCAGGCCGCCUCCUCCAAGGGCACCUCAGUUUCCAUUAAUGUCAACACCAGCCUCGAUGACAUCAAGAGCAACAAUGUGGAGGACUCCAAGGCCAAGGUGAGCCCAGGGGAUGAGCCGCAAGAAACAGCGGCCAGUGGUCAGGAAGAUGCCAAGGCCCCGCAUGUGUCCACACUGAAGGCCCUGGGCCUGCCUCAGCCGGAUUUCCAUAGCCUCGUCCUGGACUUGAGUGCCCUCUCCUUCGUGGACACUGUGUGCCUCAAGAGCCUGAAGAGCAUUUUCCGUGACUUCCGGGAGAUCGAGGUGGAGGUGUACAUGGCAGCCUGCCACAGCCCUGUGGUCGCCCAGCUUGAGGCUGGACAUUUCUUCGAUGCAUCCAUCACUAAGAAGCAUCUCUUUGCCUCUGUCCAUGACGCUGUCUCCUUUGCCCUCCAACACCCGAAGUCUGGCCCCGACAGCACUGUUUUGGCCACCAGACUCUGACCGUGCUGCCACUCUGCCUGAGACUGCCUACCUACCUCUGGAGGCUGUGACGAGGCACCCUUCAGAAGCCCCCCACCCCUGGGCUGCCUCCAGGUGCCACCCAGGAGUCCGCUCCGUGCAAACACACACAUAACUCAGGGAUGGAGGUCCUGGGACUCCAAGUCAGUGCUCCAGGCCGGGGACAGGGUACUGCAGUGAGGCUGGCACUGCCCAGAUGCGGGGAGGGAGCUGGUGCAUAUUUUCACCCUCUGGAAUAAAGAUUUUUCUUCCCAA